CCAGGUGAGCAGCGGGCGGGCUGGCGCGCCGCAGCGGGCGCUUGGCCCGAGGGCCGGCUUGGCGCUCCCGUGCGGGACGGAGGCCGUUCUCUGGGAAGGGGGUCCUAGCGCCCUGACAGGCCCCGCAGGGGCGGCGGCCGCGGGCCGGCGGCGGAACGGGCGGCCCGGACGCCGCGCAGGGCUCGGCCGCGGUCUCGUGGCAGCGGGCUCGGGCUCGGAUCUGCGACCACCCGGCUCCCGCGGGGGCGAGCCGCGACGAGGGCCGCCUGGAAGCGGCGGCAGCGGCUCUCUGCUCCCGCGACUGGUCCCGGCUCGCCGGGGUUGCCUAGCUCCCAGCAUCGUCUCGCCAGAAGCUGUCGUCGCGUAACACGGGUCUGUGCCUCCAGUGUAAUUUUGGCUUCCUAGCAGGGGGGGCGAACGCGUGUGUGUCUUGGGCUUCUGUUAACGCGGACGAAGCAUAAAAUAAGGGACGCGGGGGGCUGGCUGGCUGAGGCGGGUUGAGACCGGUACCGCUUGUAGUGUUCUUGCCAGAAGUUGGUGGAGCUUCAGCUGCUGCUGUUCCGUUAGAGGAGUUGGAAGUUCUAGUGAAGCCCCAAUCUCUGUAAAUGCGAAGGCCCUUCAGAAUCCCUGCGGGUGUGCGUAGCACACAGAAUUGGCUUUAUUUUAGAAUGAAGCAAAGUUGAGAGUGAAUUUGGAACAAGCCUCAACAGUCUCAGAAACAUUGAUAUGGGAGAGCCUGGUUGCCAGGGAAAAAAAAAAAAAAACCAGAAAAAAGCCGGCACAGGACUAGCUGCACUACAGUUGUUACAUGUUACGGAAUUCUCAACAUCUGGAACCAGGAUGUGCCUGUGCCUCAUUGCCUGUUCAAUGAGAGCUAUGAAACGUUCAGUCUUUCAGAAGGAAUGGACUGGGAAAAUACUACAAAAAUGUGUUCUUCAUAGAUAUUUUAAAUCUACAGCAAAAAAUGUUGCUGAUAUCUAGGGAAUAUGGCUACUUCAUUGCUUAACUUUUCAUUGGAGCCAAAAAGUUAUGGAUUUGAUGAAAAGUGACUAAGGUUUAAAAAAAAAGUAGAUGGAUUAAAAUGCAUAAUACUAACCAAGUAUUACCUUGAUAGCAAAUAAUUUAUUAUUGUAAUAGCAGAAGGUAGAAAAGCCCUCUCCCCAUCCUCUCCCUCCCCACUUCUUAAAGUUCUGCGUGUAUGUAUAUUGCAAGUCUCAUACUCUCUGUCGGAGGUUUUUUUAUACUGAUAGUGGCAUCUCAAAGUUGUCAGCUAUUCAGAAAAUGCGGACAGUAACUAUUUAGGAUUCCAUAGUGGCUAUACUAUGAAAUUUGUGCACAAAAGAAAAGUUUGUGAUCAUUACUUGUAAGAUCUUGCUGAUUUAAAGUGUAUGUAUCAUAAAUAUGUCCCUUUGUUUUAUUUAUCUGACACAAUACUUUUACUGAUCUUGGCUAUCUCCAGUUUGCCUUCUAGUAGCUUUUUUUUUUUUAUUUCUCUAUUCAGAAAUAGAUACAUACCUGUAACUGCUUUUGUGGUAACUUGAUUUCUAGAGCCAAAAUUUAGAGAUUAUUUGUAUUGAGGUUUCUGAUCAUUGGGUGAAACUUUUUUUAUGCAUCAAUAGUUGUUUCAUUUUUACUCUUUUAAUCACUUCCAUACAGGCAAGCAAUUGUGAGGAAGACAGUUUGAGAAUAAGGGAUGAAGGUGGCCCUUGGACUUCAGUUUCAGAACAGCUUUCUUUGGAUAUUUGCUCAAAUAAGAGACUCCCGGGGUUUUUUUUAUUAAAUGCUAAAUCUGCAGUUCCAAUAAUUUCCCUGCUGCACCAUACUAAGCAUUGAGAAUAGGUUUUAGUGUUACCAAUAUUAGCAUGUAUAUGUAUGUGUCUAUAUAUAUACAUACAUAUAAAGUAAUUGUUUUUCAUUUUGAUGUUAAAAUCAUCCACUCCAAGUGGUUUUCUAUUCAUCAUGUUGUGAAUGUUGGUGGGUUAAAAAUAAAUCCUUUUCAAUUCUUGUUAGACAAACGUCUGAAUUAGUAAACCCCUCCACUUUUUGCAGAGAGUUUUUUACUGUAUUGCUCACCCAUGCAAAUGAUGGAAUUGUGUUCUGCAACACUUUAUGAGUGCUUGCCUGACAAACAUGAGUUUUAGUCUUGAUUUCACUGUGGAUAUUUAGUACUUUAAGUAGAGUGUUGCCUCUCUGUCUGCAGGGGAGGAGUAACGACACUGACUUUCACUGUAGUGUUCUGAUACCUACUGAUGAAGGUGUGCAAGAACUAAGUUUUCUAGUAACUACAUUUCAGCCUGUACUAACUGGCUUCAGUUUCUGAGGAAACCAGAGUUUUCCUGCAUAUUUAUGAGGUAAUGUAACAAAGUUUUAAAUUGUUGUGUAGUCUCCACAACUAUAACACAUUCUCUAUUUUAGUCUAAAAUAGAAGUGAAACAGAUUCAUUUUCCAAGCUGUUUUCCAAUGAAUAAUAAGAUAUAUGCACCUUUUAUUGUAUGCUUUAUUACAGAUAAUUCACUAUUUCAAGUUUUGGCCAAACUCAUUAUUUCCUUUGAUUUCAGUGGGCACUUUUUUUUUAGCUUAGUUCAAAUUUUCUCAAAACUCAACGCACCUUGUGAAUUAAAUCUAUAGAGUGAUUUGUGAAUGGUUAACGUUUGGAAGAAUGAGGAUUUGAAAUCCUGUUUUGUUAAGAAAGGAACUAAUUGCUUCCAUAGCCAUUUAUUUUUGAGAGACGUGGUCGUUUUGAGACCACUGUAGAUGUAAAAGAUGCCAUAAAUAAUAUGCAUUUUAUCCUGUUUGAGAAGCUGCAAACAAAAUGAAACUUCAUGCUGCAACAGAAACAUUAACAGAAUUUUCUCUUGUGCUGUAUCAUCCCUUAGGAUCUGCAUAUCCAGCCUUUGUUAAACUUCCAUCUGAGUCCAUGACAGCCACUUAUUUAUUCUGAGAUAUCAAAAUUUCAUGUUUAUAUGCAGCAAUCUCUAGUUGUACUCUCCAGCAUGUCUAAGUUUAAAUAUAUUUGAGUGAGUUUAAAAACAAAGAAUACAAAUCAACCUAAGCAAAGAUUGUUGUUUGAUUUAUUCUUCCAUGGAUAAUGCUGCUUCUAGAAUUCGGCUUUGUAAUUCCCUGGGAACCAAGAGUUCACAAAAGAAGAGUGUAAAUAAGAGUGAUUUAGGAAAUGAUCUUGUUUGACAUGACAAAUACUUGAGCAGAAAUUCCAUACUUGGUUUAUGUUCCAUCCAAGGGAAGCUUUGAAAGAAGACAGAUGAAGCUAUCACUUUAUGUGGUCAAGCAGAUACUUGCAAUUUUACCACCAAUAUUAAAGCCUAUUUCUUUGUGUCAUUAAUUUCUUUGAUUUUAGUUAACAGUCAUUUGCUUGUGAAUUACUGCUACGAGUUAACAUCUGGGUGACCAAAUUCAGAAAGAGUAAAGUUCUUAACAAUUUUUUGCUUACUAUAGUGCUACGAUUUAUGUGAUAAAUGUUAUGUUAAAGAGCUUUUAAAUGUUAGUUCUGUGUAAUGCAGUCAAAGUUUAGAAAAAUUGAGUUAGUACACAAAAAUUUAUAUAUCCCUUCCACUAAGCUCCAAGGGUUUCCUUAAGUACCAAGUGGAAACAUUCCCCAAUCAUACUUUCUGUGGUUUAAAGGAGUUGUUUUAAAUUUAUAAAUAUAUAUGUCUAUGAUUUUAGUGCAUAAAUUACAUAGAGAAGUGUGUCAUUAGGCAUAUUUUCUGUCACCAGGAGGAUGCCACAAAAUAGACUGCAUGGAUGAGUUGAAAAUACACAAGGGUCUAUUUUUAUUAUUUAUUGUGUGUGUUUCUGGAAAAACCUUUAGUGCAAUUGAUUUUUAAAUCUAUAAAAACCAGUAGUAUCUGAUUAUCUCACUUAAGAUAAAUAUAAAAUAAUUUAGUCUCCUUCAUGAUCUUUAAAGGCUGGAGAGUUCUUAAGAAAAUGGCUGCUUCAAUUUAGGAAAAAAUGAUGCAAAACCCAAUGCUACAUAUUUGCAUAGUACUGCUUAUAUUAUUAUAAAUGUGGUGUAGUUCUGCACAAAAUCGUCUCAAUUGUUGGGAGAGUAGCUUUUUUUUUCCUUCUUUCGUUUUUUUAAAAUGAUUGCAGUAUUAAAAUCUGUUUUCUAGUUGUAGGGAAGCUUACCAUAGUGAAGCAGCAGUGCUGUGUGUCACACUACAUAAGGCCAUCCAAGGGCACUAUAUGUUGACUUUUAAAAGAAAAUACAAUACUUUACUGUUUUGAGAGGUAUAAACUGGUAAAAGAUUAUAUGAUCAAUUUCUUCCCUGUUUUCAAAGAUUAUUUAAAGAGGACUGUCUUAGAAAUGCCCCUAGACUGUGACAUAUCUGAUUGGAGUUUUUCUUUGGUACAGCUAGUGUUAAUUAUUGGGGCUGCUGUAAUCUGAAGACUAAGGCAAAUGCAAACUGAAAGGAGUGAGAGUGAUGAAGAUUUUUGCCCUAAAGCUUCCAUGAUCACAGCUGUUAGGGUUACAUUCCUAGGUUAAAAUUCUCUUGAAUGAUGAUACGUUUUUGCAGUGAUGCCUUAAGUUCUCACAGAUGAUGUAGUAAAUACCGAAUCCUACAAAAUGCAAGGGAGGAGUGCACUGAUUUAAACAAAUAUCUGUUUCUUUUCUUGCUUUUUCUCUGUAUUCUGAGCAGUAAUGUAUGGAGUAUCCGUUCUUGGUGUCAUGGAGCACUUUUGUUUGUUUUAGUCUUGAUUUUGGUUGUGAUCCUCCUGACUUUUGUAUGUAUUUCUGUUUUCAGACACAUGCUACAACAGUAAUGAUUUGUAAUGUGUGUUUUUUUUCCCAAGGAACCCAUGUUGCUGAGCUAACUAAAGAAAAUGCAAGGGAUCUUUUCUCACACCUUUGUGUGAGUUAAAAUGAGCAUAAUUUGUAUCAUUCACCUGUCUAUGAGAACUGCGAAUCACACAUCAAUGAGUUAAUGAAAUUAAACAGGUGCAGACUUAGAAGCAGAAACUAAUACGAUGUUGGCAGACACUCAGCUUCGUGUUGUAGUUAUAUGAUGCUUCCCUCCUGCUACUGUAUGAUGUCAGUAAAAUUAAAUACCAAAUGUGUUUUGUCACUAUCUAUUCUUGGGGUUUUGAGUGAAAUAAGAGCUGUCAUAGAACAUAAUUUUUAAAGUAAGUUUCUUUUGAAGUCUAACGAGAAAUGUUAAAUGCAUAUCAUGCUCAUGUUCACAGGUUACUUCAAUUAACACUUUUGUUUGAAGACAUAGGGCAGCAAUCCACUCCUAGUAAAUUCGUACUAUGGUCUACGUUUGCUGUAUAAGACCCUGAUGAAUAAAUGUAAUGCAGACGCAAAGAGAAUUCAUACGAUUCUUUUGAGUGUGACUGGAUCAUCUCCUACAGAAAUAGACAGGAGGCUUGACACAGAGCGCUGCUGAGACUUAGUGAACUUAACGUCUGGUUCUGGCCUGUGCUUUAAAACUAGAAAGCCUUCACCCAAUUUCUUGGAUGUGUAAUAUCUAUGAAAACCUUAAACACUUUGAUCUGCUUACACAGGAAGGUUAAGAGAGGACCUAUUCAUAGACAGGUGCCCAGAGGUGCACUUAAAUCUUACAGGACUUUAACCUAACAUGACACUAUCCCACAGUCAGGAGCGGAAACUAAAGCAAGACAAAAUGCAUUACUUUUUAACAAUGAGAGUACCUAACGUUGCUAUGAGUUGUCUUAGUUUUCACUACCCCCCAAAUGCUUGAGUUUGUAUAAUACAAAUAGAAUUGUCUUCAUUCUGAACUACUACACUGUGGUCUUGGACCUGAAGAACACAGGUUACCUCCAUAUGUGCUGAAAUACCAUCAAAGGUACUGGACGUGACUUGUGACUACAUGUUAAUUAUUUUUUUUCUUUACCUCUGCUGAUUCCAUAAAGAAUUGUUAUGUGAAUUAAAGUAGUUAGAUUCUCAUUGCUUUGGGAAACAGAGCUUCCUUAUGACUGUCUGGUUAACUGUAGAGAUUUUUUUUUUCUUUAGAGCAUACAGUGGAUGUGUCCAAAUUUAACUUGCGUUUUAGAGUACCUUUCUGCUUCAGUUCAAUGCUACUCGCCUCAUCCGAAAAUAGAAGAGGUUAGGGAGACAUUCCAGCUUGGAGGAAGCUGUUAAAAAAUUGGGGGUUUCUUAUUAGCCUUUUCAAACUGUAGUGAUCUUCCAGGACUAUUUCAGAAAUACUUCCACCAUAAAUCAUAUUGUCUUGAAAUCAAGAGCUACUGGUCUGCCAGCAUUGAUGAAUAAUUGAGUAUUGUUAUGGUACAGUACCCUGCUGAACAAUAUUGUAGUUAAUUCUACUGGAAUUUGAUUAUGGAACUGCUAACUUCAUUCUGUAUACAAAUAAAAUAAAACCUUCUUGUGUAUGGGAAUAUAAUCUAAAGAUUACUUUUAUUUUCUAGAUAGUGACAUUGGGGGUUUAUGUGAAUAAAUAAGAUCAUUCUUCUUCUAACCAUUAUUCAUCAAUAAAACAUUGCUAGUGGUGUCUACUUCUCUGAUGUGUGUGAUGCCCAGAUUUUUCCCUGGGUCUUGCCUUCCCAAAUUGAUGCAAGAAAGUUGGGAUGCCCUAGUACUAACCCCAGCAAAAUUACUGCAGUCUCUGCUGUUCUUGGUACAGUCCUGCCUACUCCUGAAUGUGGUGUCACUGGCAACCUCGUCACUUCCAGGACCUCUUCGACUAGAGAUUUCAGAGUUUGGCUGAAAGCGAAAGAAGGGUUUCCUUCUGUCAAGUGCUGCUGCUGUUCAAAAUUCUUGUUAUUUAACCCCAGCUUUUUACAGAUGUUUUCGAGAUCACAGGAAGCAUGCAUCUUCAAAGGAAAAAACUCAGGUGGAAGAGUAGUCACAAGUGCAUGCUGUAGCUUGUUCGCUUUCUUUUUUAAGAGCAGAGGGGUAUAGAAACUAGUCCGCUGCUUUUUGGGCUGUGUUUUGUGUACUUGAUCUGUUUGUUUGCUUUCAAAGCAAUACUGUGUGUUCCCUUGAUCCCUAUUUCUGGUUUUUACUGUUUGUCUGGUACACCGAUAGCCAGACCUUUAAUUCCAUCAUCCUCUCCACUCACUACCAGGAUUUGUGCUGUUUACUCCUAACAUUUUAAGGAAAAUAAGCUUCUUUGUUUCCCAAAAUAAAGAUGAAACAACUCUGAGAACAAGGAUGUAGAAUUGCUUGUAGAUAUGUAUGCCUAUGGAGAUAAUUAGAUGCUCGAACAGAGUUGUGAUGUGCAAGGAUCGCUGAGGAUCCCUUUCUCGGUGUCCCUCUCUUCCUGGUUCUCGUGCUUUCUCUGGUAUGUGCUCAUACUUCAUUUUCAAUGUGUGGCUGCGUCCUAGGGAGUAUGAAUUCAUCUAGAGAUGCUAAGAUGCCAUGAUCAAAUGAACUUUUUUUUUUUUUCUCUGCAGUAAGGCAUAAAAUGUCCAAGUUCUUUCUACUCAGGUGUUUAUCCUUAAUUCAUUCCUUCUGUCUGGAUUAGUGCUAGUGGUGACAGUUUGUGUUUUAAUAUUUUGUCUAGGACCGAGUUGUUCUCCAUUUUGCUGAGCAAGAGCCCUUAGGGAAGUAUGGGGCAAGGAGGAAGGCUGCUUUCUAACAUGACAAAGUUUCUGUACAUUCUAGUCACAAAAAAGGAGUAAUUUCUGGUGGGAGUUGAGUGAGGCUUGACCAGGAUCUGAUUCCUUAGCUCAAGGAUCUGAAACGAUGCAGGAAUGACAAAUUAUCGCUGCUGGGGACUGGUCUUGUAGUUUGUACGUGGUCCUCAACGUAGGUAACUUGUUGAUUCAUGUCACUUCAGGUCAACAAAAGCUCUUCCUCCACUUAGCAAAGACAGCUUAAUCAGGAAUGUCCUGAUGUUGCAUCUGUGCAUAGCUCAUAAGCCCCACAAGUUAAAGGUAGUGACCUACGUUGGGUUUGUAAGGAAGCCUGCUGCCCUGUCAAACAAGAGGGAGGGUGACAACAUGUGUCCUAACUGCUGAGACGUCUGCCUUCCCAAUGGAGUGGAUGCAUCUGCUAGCGACUUGAACAGUGGUUCUCUGCACAGCAUGUGGGGAUGCUCAGAAUAACAAGGUUAAUCUUGCUGUUUAAGUACCCUACUGUUAGACUGGGGUUUGUUUGUUUGUUGGAAUGUUUGAUUUCUGACCUGUGUCUGACUUGCAUCAGCUCACAAGCUCUGAAUCAUUUCGUAGCUUUGUUCACCGAAUAAAAGAACUGUCCUGCCAAAGGUAUCUUUGUGUAGAUGGCUGCGAUCACGUCACUUCUGUUAACCACCUUUUAGACCUUAUUUCCCUCAUCAGAUAUACAAGCAUAUAAAACAUCUUUUCCCCUGCUUUUACAUAACAACUGUAAAAAAACUCAGAUGAAGUCUGGUUUACCCAUUUUAAGCUAUGUCACAUUGGUAACUUAAAGAACAUGUUUAGCAAGUCUGAUAACCUGAUUUUGAAUGCUCUGUGAGAGUUUUUGACAGUUUUCUAAAUCAGACAAUGUCAGUCAAGUCAGGAAGCUGGCUAUCUUGUUUCUCUGCUGAAAAUAAGUUCCAUUUAUGAAGAUUAUGAAUGUUAUUCUUAAGUGACAGUCAGCUGAUACAGCUCCAGUUCUUCUUUGUAGGCUUUUUAUCAUAUUCUUACCUGUUGAUUUUGUUUUUAGAGUGCCUGAAUUUUCAUAAUUUGAUUUAAAUUGUUCAUAUGUCCCAUUACAGCAUGUAACAUAAGACAUAAAUAGAAAAAAAAAUCCACUAGUAUCUUGUGAUACAUUGGACAUGCUUCCUGCAUCAGAAGUCAAUGGAUGAUGUUGAGAUCUGUUUGUUCAAUUGGAAAAGCAGAUUACUCUUUACAUCAGUAGAAAUGGACAGCAGCAGUUUCAUUCAGUUUGAUGUGCCCGAGUACAGCAACACUGUUCUGAGCCAGUUAAAUGAACUCCGCUUGCAAGGAAAGCUAUGUGACAUAAUUGUGCAUAUUCAGGGUCAACCAUUUCGAGCCCAUAAAGCUGUCUUAGCUGCCAGUUCUCCGUAUUUCCGUGACCAUUCAGCAUUAAGCACCAUGAGUGGCUUAUCAAUAUCAGUUAUUAAAAAUCCCAAUGUUUUUGAACAGUUGCUUUCUUUUUGUUACACUGGAAGGAUGUCCUUACAGCUGAAGGAUGUUGUUAGUUUUCUAACUGCAGCUAGCUUUCUACAGAUGCAGUGCGUCAUUGAUAAAUGCACACAGAUACUGGAGAGUAUUCAUUCAAAGAUCAGUGUUGGUGAUGUUGACUCUGUCACUGUCGGUGCUGAAGAAAAUUCAGAAAAUCGCAAUGGAGUUAAAGACAGCAGCUACUUUGCCAAUCCUAUUGAGAUAUCUCCCCCCUAUUGCUCUCAGGUGCGACAGUCAACAGCAGGCAGCGAUCUUAGGAUGGAAACUACUCCAGGCAAAACUCUACGUAGUCGUCUGCAAGAAGAAGGGCAUUCAGAUCGAGGAAGCAGUGGGAGUAUCUCUGAAUAUGAGAUUCAGAUUGAAGGUGAUCAUGAGCAAGGAGACCUGAUAGUAAGGGAGAGUCAGAUUGCAGAGGUGAAAGUUAAAAUGGAAAAGUCUGACAGGCCAAGCUGCUCUGAUAGCUCUUCCCUUGGUGAUGAUGGAUAUCAUACUGAAAUGGUGGAUGGAGAGCAAGUGGUGGCAGUAAAUGUUGGUUCCUAUGGGUCUGUCUUACAACAUGUUUAUUCGUUUACCCAUGCCUCAUCACAGGCCGCAGGUGUGUCUGAAACCUUCGGAAGCCUGAGCAAUACGAGUCCUUCAAGGUCAAUGCUGAGCUGUUUCAGAGGGGGUCGUGCACGCCAAAAACGGGUAUCCACUGCUCACUUGCAUAGCGAUGUUCAGGGCUUGGUUCAAGGGGCUGACAGUGAAUCCAUGGUGAGUAACCCAGGAUAUGAAAAUAGUCCACGGGAAAGAAAUACAAGAGGUCAUUGGUAUCCAUACAAUGAGAGGCUAAUUUGUAUUUACUGUGGAAAGUCUUUCAACCAGAAAGGGAGCCUUGAUCGACACAUGCGAUUGCACAUGGGAAUAACUCCUUUCGUGUGCAAGUUUUGUGGGAAGAAAUAUACCCGCAAGGACCAACUUGAGUAUCAUAUUCGUGGUCACACAGAUGACAAACCCUUUCGCUGUGAGAUCUGUGGAAAAUGUUUUCCUUUCCAGGGUACACUAAACCAGCAUUUGCGAAAAAAUCACCCUGGGGUAACAGAAGUAAGAAACAGGGUAGAGUCUCCAGACAGAACAGAAGCGUUUGUGGAACAGAAAGUAGAUAAUGAUGCUUCAGCUUCUGAAGCUAUGGAUUCUAGUAUGGAAAUUCAUGCAAUGUCUAACACAUCUGAUUAAAAUGUAACAUUCUAAGUGCAACACAAACAAGCACAUUACUAAUGUAUUUUUUAAAUCUUUUAUUCUUUUAGUAAUCUUCAGUACAAGUAUAACAGCCUUUUAAUUUUCCUAACCUUCUGGAAAUCACUUUGAAAUGGUUUCUGGAGAAGACUACAUAAGUAUUCUUUGUUUUUGAAGGAGGCUGGGUUGUUUGAGGGUUGUUUUUUUUUUAACUUUUGAAGAUGCUCAAAAUACAAAAGACAGUGUGCUGGGGAAAGAAUAGGAAGAGUCUGCUAAAGUGUCCCUACUGGUUGAUCUGGCAAGACACAAAUUCCAGUGGAGAAAGAUAUUAGAAUAAGAUUGGCAGCUCUGCUGGAUACACCAAGAAGCUGUAAUCUCCCUUAUUUUAUUUCCUAAAUCCUGUUGCUGGUAAUGAGUUACACAGCGGUGGGGAGAGAGAAUAUUAUAGCUUUGAUUCCUUCCAUGUGUCACAAUGAAAUCUGUUUGCUUUUACUAACUGUUUUUGGUAGUUAGUCUGUUUAUAUAUAUAAAUUUGCUUUAUAUAUAUAAAAUGCUUUCACUUUUCCUAUUCUGGUUGAGGUGAAUGUAAAAGUAUGUCAAGGUUUAUACCACGUACCACUCUUCCAACUGCUAGGUCUCCUCUCUGCUUAGGAUUUAGGACUUCGGACUUGGGGAGAAUGGUUUUGGUUUUAAAAGAAUGUUGUUUGGUUUUCAUUUUAUUAAACUAUUACUUUGUGUGCAAAAGUGAGCAAAGUGAAUUACCUUGUUUUAAUAGCUUUGCUUUAUAACAUAUGUAAACCAAAUGCCAUAAAUCUAUUAAAUUAUGGUUAAAUUGUUGAGGGGUUUUGUUAGUUGUCUAGAACACAAGCUGGACAACCUGUGGUGCUGACCUUUUUAUAUAUAUAGAGAUAGAUAUAUCUAUAUAUAUAUUAAAAAAAAAAAAACUAAAAAAAAAUUAGCAAACCUAAAAGUAGCAUUGUGGUUUUAAAUGUGUUUUUACUGGCCUCAGAAUCUACCUUCAUUUCGUACUGUAGAACCAUACCAGGUAAUUAAAUUUAACUUCAUCACUCUUCAUGGUUGGUUAAAACCGGAGAGAGAUGUUGUAGUUUAAACUACAGUAUUUCCAAGCAGUAUUUUAAUAGGUCUCUUCACAGAGAGCUGUUUUCAGGUGCACAUUGACUUCCUACUUAAAGCUCCAAGUGAUAUGUCAGCACUUGGAAUUUGUACUUUUUUUUGUAUAAAAAAACAAAUACUCUAUGGGAAUUUCGAGCAAUAUGUCUGUUAUUUCAUGUGUGAGUAUUACAGAGUUGCUAUGGCUUCCCUACUAUUUUCAGUGGUUGUUUUCUGCAUAAAGGAACUACCGAAACUUUACAAAUAUUCUAAAUCUUUUUGUUUCACCAAAUGUUUGUGUUUUUUUUUUAAUAUGGUGCUAACUUCAUCAUUUAGGUCAGUAUGAUAUAUAAAAUGUGAAACCUAAUAGUAACAGUUAAGCAAAAGAAAAAAACACACACACACACAAAAAAAAGCCCAAACAAAAACCCAACUAAACAAAAAAACAAACCCACCCCAAAAAAACAAACCACAACAAAAAAAAUACAAAACAAUAGCUUAAGAGACCUCAAAAGCAUGAACUGGCAAACACUACUGUGUAAAAUUCUACCUGAUGAACAGAACUAAAUUAAUCACAUGCUUCUUUAAAAUACAAGUUUUAUAUAAUUGGGCCUUAUGUUUGUUUAGCAAAUAUUGAAAAUACAUCUGUGGACAUGCUGUUUAACUCCUGAAAUUUAGAAAAAAAAAGUUUAUUUCUAAAUUACAGGAAAGCAAAAAGGUAGGUUUGCUAUCUUGUAAAGCUUUUUUGGCUCCUGUGAAGUUGGGGCAUAUUUGUGCAGUAGCUUUAUUAAAUACACUAGUUCUUACUAUUGUGACAGUCUGCAAUAAGAAUUAAUGUCACUAAAUACAGAUUUACAGUAUAAACCCCACCUGCUUCAUUGGAGCAGUUUCAGUUCAAUUGAGUACCUAAUUUGCCUCUUUGUCCUAAAAUUGCCUAAAUAAAGAGGCAGAGGGUGGGGAGAUAUUUCUCUCUGUGAAGCAACAAAAGAACUUUUGUUUCCAGUAAGGGAAACUAUAUGUCUGUGUCUAGGGAAGGUAGUCUAUGUGUUUACCCACUUAAAAACAUUUUGGUGUUUCUGAUACUGGUUUUUUUCCUAAAUGUGUGUUUUAAGAAACUAAAUGCAAAAAAAAAUUGUGUUUUGAUAAAUUACAUUUGAGACAUGCAAAAUCCAAGAAAUAUACAGUUAAUUUAAACCCUUUAUCUUGGACCCGUGCUGUGGUGCCUUUGGUGUGACUUUUGCCAUGGAAGUAUGAGUUGAGGAUAGCAGGAUAUGGGUACUAAUUUUAUAUUUCUUGAAUUUCUCUGUGUCACAAUCUUAACAUUAUUUAAAUCUAGUUCUUUGUAUUUGUAAAUGUAUUAAAAUGGUUUGAGUUUACCAAAGAGUGACUUAUCCAAAAUUGUCUCUGACAAAAACAAAAAACAACAUCACUUUGAUUGUACAGGUUCAGGUUCAAAAUGUUCUAACGGGACUGUUAAGGGGCAGGAAAUGAUCACUUUUUCUACAAAAUCAUGAUUCAGCAGUUUGCAAGUUCUGCUUGCUCCUAUUCGUGUUGAUAUGCCAUUUACCCUUUCCACUGCUAGCAGUGUUAAUAAUUAUCAAGCCAUAACACAGUACUGUAAAGUUCAGCAGUGCUUCAAAGGAUGCAUACGUAGGUGAGCAUAAACAUCAUCGAGCAUUACAUUUACACUUACAAAGUGUGUGACUCUGGUAGAAAACGAACUUCAAACCUGGCAACAGCAAUUAAAUUGUGCCUUGUCACAUAACGGUAUGCCAGGAUUAACAUUGUCAUGAAACAUGAAGCAUUAUCUGAUUGAAGUUCAUUUCACAAGUCCACCAAAACAGAGUAUGCUGUGUUAUUUUAAGCAAAUUAUGGAAGUACUGUACAGUGUCUUGUGUCUGUACAGUUUUAAGUUAGCACAGAGCUGUUACACAUUUCAUUUACAAUAAAUGCAGAAGUCAAUAAAAUAUGUGAAGAAAUAUUUGACAGCAAAAUAAGUCAUGAAAUUAUAUAGGCUGGUUCAUAAUUGAGUCUCUUCUUAAUCUACCUUUUAAUUAUAGACAAAUGUGAAAACAGUGACAGUGUCCUUUCCUCUAGAUGUUUAACCUAUUAUGACAAACUGUGAAAAUAAAGGAUUUUAUACCUUUGCUAAUAUUUGUGGUUAUAAACAGUUAUUUUAGUUUUCUUAAUCAGUUAUCUUCCAUAUUACUUCUUUUAAACUUGUAAAUACAUUUAGCAAAUAGCUUUGUAAAUACUUACAGUAUAUUAAAAGUUCAGUUUGGUCAACAAGGCCUCAAGAUUGGCUCGGCUUUUUUAGUGUGAAAUCUUUCAAUAGCAUAAAGGAUACUGUCAGUUCACUGUUCAGCAGAAUAUACUGUAGGCCUAAAUUGAUAGUUCUUAAUGCAGUCUUCCCAAGCGUAAAUUCAUGUUUUAUGCUGAAGCCUUUGGUUUACUUUUAUAGAAAACAAUUAGGCCUCUUAAUGUGUUUAGGCUGAAUUAUGGGAAGAACAGCAGGAAUAAAAUCAAGGGCUGGGAAAAGAUUGAAUGAGCUUUACCUUUAAAUAUAUAUAUAUAUAUAUCUUAUUUGAAUUUUUGUAUUAGUUUACUGUGAUUCUUUUAUUGUCAUUUUUCUAAACAGGUUUCACGUGAAACCAUUGAAAGGGACUCAAAUAUGCAACACCUAAUCUAUUUUCCAAGGGAGUUUUACCCUUGAAUGGUGCUUUUUGACUGGUCAGGGUUAUUUAUUAAAUUUUAUAUUUGAAAGUAUUUGGGGAAUUAUGUAAAUUCUUUAUAUGAAUCUGUUUAUUUCAUGAAUUGUAAAUUUCAUAAUACUCAGUGAUUGAAUUGGAAGUUCAGUAAAGUCAUUCAAAAUGUUCAAAGUUUAUAAUCUGUGUGCAUUUCACAAAUAUUUUAACAAGUGCCAGAAUAGUUGUAUUUAAUAUUGUAGAUUUAAUACUACUUGCACAUCCCUGUGACAGCAUUAACUUAAGUUACGCAAGUUUACAUUUUAAAAAAGAAAAAAAAAAAAAAAGCUAAACAAACAAGUAAGCCUGGGACACAUGUUCCUGUAUUUCUUCAGGGGGUGUGAAGCUAAGCAUCAGUAACUGAGCAGGUUUGCUUCUAGUUUCUGUGAGUAACUCCUGCUGUGGUGGAUACCAUGAACUGCUGUCUCUCCCAUUUACAUAUGCUAUGAAUUCAGCCUUUGGACUUGCACUGCAAGCCUCUGGUUGUCUAUCUGAUUAAACAUAGAGCUCUUGCACGAUUUUAACAGUGUUGGUUUCUGACUGAAAAAUUGUAUUUUUAAAUAACUUUUAUUUGUAUGGUUGUUUUUCAUGAUAAAUAAUUGAACAGUUUGAAUGACUUGACUUGGUGUCAUUAUCUUGCAAUAUAAACCGGUAACCUCACAACUCCACACUUCAUCACCAUAUGAAGUAAAUGAAGCUAGCUAAGCUGAUGCUGUAACAAUUAAUAACUUGCCAUUAAGGAUUAUUUUAUAGCAUGAAUUUUAAAAUAUUUAUUCAAAUGAUAUUUUACUCUUGUAUUCACUUUGUUUUUAGAUUUGUGACAUGAAUAUUUCAGUGCUGCUUUAUUUUGUUCUGAUGAAUUUGUUUCUUGCUUGUAAAUUGCUUUUUUUAUGGUAUAAAGUCAAUGGGAAUUGCUGUUUGUAAAUUAAAACGCUUC